AUGGCGUCUGGAUCCUCGGGUCGCGGAAACUCUGCUUCUAAAGGGUUUGAUUUCGGUUCCGAUGACAUCCUCUGCUCCUACGAUGACUACGCCAACCGCGAUUCCAGUUCCAACGGCAAUCACGCCGAUCCGGAUUUUCACAAAGCAAGGAUGUCAAGGGCAUCAAUGUUUCCUACUACUGCCUAUAAUCCACCUGAAGAUUCUUUAAACCAAGAUGUGAUUGCGACUGUAGAGAAGAGUAUGAAAAAAUAUGCUGACAACCUCAUGCGUUUUCUUGAGGGAAUUAGUUCAAGGCUAUCACAGUUGGAAUUAUACUGUUACAAUCUUGACAAAUCUAUUGGAGAAAUGAGAUCAGACUUAACUCGUGACCAUGUGGAGCAAGAUUCAAGACUGAAAUCUCUUGAAAAGCACCUUCAAGAAGUUCACAGGUCUGUACAAAUUUUAAGAGACAAGCAGGAGCUAGCUGAGACUCAGAAAGAAUUAGCCAAACUUCAACUUGCUCAGAAAGAAUCAUCUUCCUCCAGCCAUUCGCAGUCCAAUGAGGAGAGAUCAUCACCAACCACAGAUCCUAAAAAAACUGACAAUGCAUCUGAAGCAAACAACCAGCAGUUGGCUCUUGCUCUACCCCAUCAAAUUGCCCCUCAGCAGCAGCCUGCAGCACCUCCGGCUCAGGCUCAAGCUCCUGCACCAAAUGUGACUCAAGCGCAGCAGCAGCCUCCUUAUUACAUGCCUCCCACCGCCCUGCAGAAUUCAGCUGUACCCCAGCUCCCUCAGAAUCAGUAUUUACCAUCUGAUCAGCAAUAUCGAACUCCCCAACUUGUGGCCUCACAACCAACACCAUCUCAAGUAACCACAUCCCCACCAGUGCAACAAUUUUCUCACUAUCAGCAGCAACAGCCACAGCAGCAGCAACAAUGGUCACAGCAGGUGCAACCACCUCAGCCACCUUCAAUGCAAUCUCAAACGAGACCCCCCUCUCAAGCUAUGUACCCUCCAUACCAGCCAAACCAAGCACCGAACCCAUCACCUGCAGAAACUCUGCCAAACAGCAUGCCCAUGCAAGUGCCAUAUUCUGGAGUUCCACCACCAGGAUCAAGCCGCACUGACACCAUAUCAUAUGGAUAUGGAGGAGUUGGCAGAACAGCUCCACAGCAGCCUCCACCCCAGCAGAUGAAAGGCUCUUUUCCUGCACCACCAGGAGAAAUGUAUGGACCUACUGGCUCCCUCCCUGCGCUUCCUCCUCCUAGUAGUGCAUACAUGAUGUAUGAUGGUGAGGGAGGAAGAGCACAUCAUCCACCACAACCUCAUUUUACUCAACCUGGGUAUCCUCCAACAAGUGCUUCCCUUCAGAACCCCCCAGGCCAUAAUCUUAUGGUCCGAAAUCCAAACCAGUCGCAGUUUGUCCGCAACCAUCCCUACAAUGAGUUGAUUGAGAAAUUGGUGAGCAUGGGAUUCAGGGGUGACCAUGUUGCAAGUGUGAUCCAGAGGAUGGAAGAGAGUGGACAGGCCAUUGAUUUCAACUCGGUACUUGACAGGUUGAAUGUGCAUGGCUCUGUGGGUCCUCAGAGAGGAUGGUCAGGGUGA